CUCAGCAGCUCUGUAAAUAUGGCGGAGCCCUCCUUGGGGAGUUCAAGCCCAGACAUUAUGUUGCCUGAUUAUGAUGAUGCUCAAACACAUGAAGAUGAGGAGGAUCCAGAGGGAGAAACUAAUUUUGGCAAUGAGAUUGAAGAACUUGCAAAGGAGCAAGAAAUGCCUAUUCAGGAGCUCUUGAGUCUCUAUGGUUAUAGAGGCAGUGGAUCACCUGAGGAAGAGGAUGAGGAGGAAGAUGAUGAAGAGGAUGUGGAUGGAGAGGUGGAAGAGGAGGAGGAGGAGGAAGAUGAAGGAGAGGAUAUGGAUAAUGAUGAAAGCAGCAAAAGCAAUGGAGAACUGAAGAAGAGCAAGGAGGAUGAAGCAAAGGUAUCCACAGGGAUGGAAAAUGAGAGCUACUCCACUGACAGUCGAAUCUGUGCAGUGACAGCCUCUAAAACAGCUGAACUCAUACGUUCACAGAACCAUGGCUACUUUCAGAAUAAUGAAGUAGAUGAAGAGUCAGAGGUGGAUGAUGACUAUAUUCCCUCUGAAGACUGGAAAAAAGAAAUUAUGGUUGGCUCCAUGUAUCAGGCUGAAACACCAUCUGGACUGUGCAAAUACAAAGACAAAGAGAAAGUGUAUGAAAAUGAUGACCAGCUGCUGUGGAAUCCUGAAAUUCUUACUGAAAACACUGUGGUUGAGUUUCUGACAGAAGCAUGUCGACGGACGGGAGAGGAGACUGGAGUAGAUGCUAUUCCAGAAGGAUCCCACAUCAAAGACAAUGAGCAGGCAUUAUAUGAGUUGGUGAAAUGUAAUUUCGAUACUGCUGAAGCUUUGCGAAGAUUAAGAUUUAACGUUAAAGCAGCCCGAGAGGAACUAUCUGUCUGGACAGAGGAAGAAUGUAGGAAUUUUGAACAAGGUUUAAAGGCUUACGGAAAAGACUUUCAUUUUAUCCAGGCCAACAAGGUCAGAACAAGGUCUGUCGGAGAUUGUGUGGCUUUUUAUUACAUGUGGAAAAAGUCAGAGCGGUAUGAUUUCUUUGCGCAACAAACUAAGCUUGGAAAAAGAAAAUACAACCUUCACCCAGGAGUAACGGAUUACAUGGACAGACUUUUAGAUGAGACAGAAAGCACUGCUUCCAGUCGAGCAACCACACCACUUCCUGCCGCCUCUAGCAGCAGCACCAGCCAGUCUGAGCGAGAGGAGACUAGCAGUCACAAUGGACUCACCAGUCACAGCUCCAGUGCAGAUGCCACACAGAUGAUGAGCAGUGUGAGCGAGGUGAAGAUUGAAUAUGUCCAGGUGAAUGGAGCGUCUAAACACAGUCUAUUAACAGAUCAUCCGGACUCCAAUGGCUGUAAACUUACAGACACCCACAACAAAGACAGAAACAGCUUGGUGAAGCACCAACAGGACUGCCAGGGUCUCAACAGGCCAACAAAAAAGUUAGUUACGGAAUGA